AUGGCUGGAGGUUCUGCUGCGCAGCUUCGUAGAGGAUUCUCGGCACUGAAGCCAGGCGUGUCCUGGCCACCGCGGCUUCGACUGCGAGGUUUGCCGUUCUCCGCUACAGAAGCAGAUGUGCGUGCUUUCCUGCAGGGCUUUGAGCUUGCUCGCACUGCUGACGACAAGGGCGACGUCGAGAUCAUCAGGAGGUCAGUCGAUGGCUUGCCUACAGGGCAUGCCUUUGCCUAUUUCAAGGAUUGGGAGGAGGCCUGCCGUGCACGUCGGGAGAAGCAGCGGGCAUAUCUUGGCAACCGCUGGAUUGAGAUGUACGUGGAUUGGUCCCCCGACUGGCACCGCGAAGGUCCAAUCUGA